UGCUGACGUAGUAUAAUUUUUUCUUGGGCAGACAUUGACAAAAACACAUACUUGUAUUAUAUUUUAUAUAAAUAAAUAUUACAAAGCUUAUUUACUACGACGUGUUUGAAUUGACGCCGUAUCCGAGCUCUGAUCGCUGCGCUUGUCGCAAAAGACGAAGACACCUGGACUGACUCAAGUGGAAAAGAAGGGCAAUGGCUGGAUCCGCACUUCGUCGCCUUAUGGCGGAAUACAAACAGUUAACGCUGGACCCACCGGAAGGAAUCGUAGCUGGUCCCGUUAGUGAAGACAACUUCUUCGAAUGGGAGGCGUUAAUUGCUGGACCCGAGGGCACUUGCUUCGAGGGAGGCGUAUUUCCCGCACGACUCGUUUUUCCACCCGACUACCCACUGAGUCCGCCAAAAAUGAAAUUCACUUGUGAUAUGUUCCAUCCAAACAUCUUUGCUGAUGGCCGCGUUUGCAUAUCAAUAUUACAUGCGCCCGGCGACGAUCCCUUGGGCUACGAGCUGUCGGCCGAACGGUGGAGUCCAGUCCAAAGCGUGGAAAAGAUCUUGCUUAGCGUGGUCAGCAUGCUGGCGGAACCCAACGACGAGAGUGGCGCCAAUGUUGAUGCGGCCAUAAUGUGGCGCGAGCGAAGGGAAGAGUUCAAUAGUAUCGCUCGACGUCUGGUGCGAAAAACACUCGGAUUGGCAACAUAAACCAGAGGUUCGGUCGCUACGAAACUAGAUCCAUCCUAUCCAACAAAUCCAACUAUGAGCCGGGCGGAAAGUUGUGGGAAAGCCUCUACGAUACAACUGUACCCUCAACCGAUGACAACCUUUCACAUUAGCAAGAUUCAAGAAACAUAGCAAUAAAAUCGGCUGUUAGCUACAAGCGGGCAACAGUUCAUCCCGACUUAAGUAUUGUA